UGGGCGCGGCGCGUGCGUUCCGUCUGGGCGCCAAUGGCGGCGGCGGCGGCGGAGGUCCCUCUUCUUCCGGCGCCGGAGUGCUGCUACGUGUUCAGCGCGGAGUACGUGGCGCGGUGCGACGCUCUCUGCAAAGUGCCCCAGAGGGCCAGCAUGGUGCAUUCCUUGAUCAGAGCCUACUCACUGCUCAACCACAUGAGGAUUGUCCAGCCCAAAGUGGCUUCCAUGGAGGAGAUGGCCACCUUCCAUACCGAUGGCUACUUGCAGCAUCUGCAGAAGGUCAGCGAAGAGGGCGACGAUGACCAUCCGGAAUCUGGAGAAUAUGGACUGGGCUAUGACUGCCCAACCACAGAAGGGAUCUUUGACUAUGCGGCGGCCGUGGGGGGAGCCACCAUCACAGCCGCCCGGUGCUUGGUGGAUGGCAAGUGCAAGGUGGCCAUCAACUGGCCAGGAGGCUGGCAUCACGCCAAGAAAGAUGAAGCUUCUGGUUUCUGUUACCUGAACGAUGCUGUCCUGGGCAUCUUACAGCUGCGCAAGAAGUUUGACCGUGUUCUCUACAUCGACCUUGAUUUGCAUCAUGGGGACGGUGUAGAAGAUGCCUUUAGCUUCACCCCCAAAGUCAUGACGGUGUCUCUGCAUAAAUUUUCACCCGGAUUUUUCCCAGGAACGGGAGACGUGACGGACGUGGGCCUGGGGAAGGGGCGCUACUACAGCGUCAAUGUGCCCAUCCAGGACGGCAUCCAGGACGAGCGAUACUACCAGAUCUGUGAGACGGUGCUGAAGGAGGUCUAUGUGGCGUUCAGCCCUGAAGCCGUAGUCCUACAGUUGGGGGCAGACACCAUCGCUGGGGAUCCCAUGUGCUCAUUCAACCUGACCCCCGAAGGGAUUGGCAAAUGCCUGAGAUACGUCUUGCAAUGGCAGCUCCCGACCCUCAUUCUGGGAGGAGGGGGCUACCAUCUUGCUAACACAGCCAGGUGCUGGACAUAUUUGACAGCAGUCAUUCUCGGGAGAACGUUAUCCUCAGAGAUCCCAGAUCACGAGUUCUUCACAGAAUAUGGCCCAGAUUAUGUCUUGGAAAUCACGCCAAGUUGCAGACCGGAUCGCAACGAACCAAAGAGAAUCCAAGAAAUCCUCAGCUGUGUGAAAGGAAACCUGAAGCACGUGGCGUAGCCGGCCCUGUCUCCAUCCGUGCCAAACGCCUCAUGGACCAGAAAGUGUCACGAUGGAGCAGUCAGGGGCUGCUGGGGGGAUCUGAAGAAAGAGCCACGUUGGGGCUCCUGAUGUUGCUGGCCGUGAUCCUCGGGGAGAUCUCUGUGACCUACGGACCAACCACCGCUGCCGAUGUUUCUGUUUUUCUGAAGGAGUUGGUUCUCUGGUUCUGAUGCAUCUGAAGAGGGCUUGGCUCUUUCGGUCUAACUGGUCGCCUCCUCCUUUGGGAUCAGCUGUUAGGAGGUUGGGGGGCAAUUGUACAGUUGGAGGGAGCGGGGAGCAACGUCCCUGCCUCUUUUGCUGCCUGGAAGGAGGCUGUUUUGGAAAGCUGUUUGCCUUGAACAAUAAAGUGUUUGAUAUA